AUGCAUGAUCUGCGGUUAGCGCUGCGUGACAGCACUAAAAAAUUAGAAGAUGCAGAAAAUACAAUAAAUAAAUUACGUACUGAUUGUGAAAAUCAAUUGCAAAAAAAAGAUGAAGUUAUUUCAAUGAAAGAAUCCAUUAUCAAAGAAAAAGAUGCAUAUAUAUUAAAACUUGAACAAGAAAUUUUAAAAUAUGAUUCAACAUUUAUAUCAUCAACUGAUUUUAAUGAUGGAAUUGAUAUUUCAACUUCCGCAAGAACAUCGUUACUUGAUGUCCCUUCAACAACAAAACAUCAACGUACGAAACGUACAGCUAUUAGUGCAGAACCAGUUCAACAUAAAAAAACCAAAGAUUUACGUGUUGUUCUUCAAACAUGUGAUAAAUCCGAUCGAACAAAAGAAUUUUUACGCGAUGCCAUAUUAAAUAAUGAUUUUAUGAAAAAUCUUCAAAUGGAUCAAAUUAUGUCCAUUGUUGAUUGUAUGUAUCCACUUGAACAUACAGAUGAUAAUUUAAUAAUUAAAGAAGGUGAUGUUGGAAAUCUUGUUUAUAUCAUGGAAGAGGGAAUGGUUGAAGUAAGUAAACAUAAUAAAGUAUUGACAACAAUUGGUCCAGGACGAGUGUUUGGUGAAUUAGCUAUUUUAUAUAAUUGUACUCGAACUGCUUCGAUUAAAGCUUUAUCAAAUUGCAAAUUAUGGGCAGUUGAUCGACAAACAUUUCAAGCUAUUAUGAUGAGAGCUGGUAUGGAGAAACAGAGUGAACAUUUAGAAUUGAUUAGAAAUAUUAAAACUUUUGAAAAUUUACGUGAAGAUAUUCUUAGUAAAAUUGUUGAUACAUUCGAUGAAGUUAGUUAUGGAAAUGGUGAAUAUAUAGUACGACAAGGUGCAAAAGGUGAUACAUUUUAUAUUGUUGCCAAAGGACGUGCUCAAAUUACUGUUGGAAAAUCAAAAUGGGAUACACCUGUUUAUAAUCGACAUCUUGAACGUGGAGAAUCAUUUGGUGAAGCUGCACUUCAAUCGGAAGAAACUCGACCAUUUAAUGUUAUAGCUGAUGAUCCCCAUGGUGUCACAUGUCUUGUCCUGGAUAGACAAAGUUAUCGUGAAAUGAUAGCCGAUGAAUUAUCCCGAUUACAACGUGAAGAAUCAUGUAAAUAUGCACGUAAAAUUACAACAUUUAUUAGUGGUGAAGAUGAACGAGAUUUACAAAAUCUACGUUUAGGUGAUAUUGAAAUUGUUUGCACACUCGGUGUUGGUGGUUUUGGUCGUGUAGAAUUAGUACAAGAUACACGAAAUUCAAAGAAAUAUGGUCUUAAACAAAUGAAAAAACAACAUAUUGUUGCUAUGAAACAACAAGAACAUGUUAUGAAUGAACGAAAUAUAAUGAUGACAACUCGAUCGGAUUUUAUUGUUAGAUUAUAUAAAACAUUUAAAGAUCGAAAAUAUUUAUAUAUGUUAUUGGAAACUUGUUUGGGUGGAGAAUUAUGGACAUUAUUACGUAAUCGUGGUACAUUUGAAGAAUAUGAAGUACGAUUUUAUAGUGCUUGUGUUAUUGAAGCAUUUGCUUAUUUACAUACCAAAGGCAUUGUUUAUCGAGAUUUAAAACCUGAAAAUCUUUUAUUAGAUAACAAAGGUUAUUGUAAAUUGGUUGAUUUUGGUUUUGCAAAAAGAAUUGGUCUUGGUAAAAAAACAUGGACAUUUUGUGGUACACCUGAAUAUGUUGCUCCAGAAAUUAUUUUAAAUAAAGGUCAUGAUAUGGCUGCUGAUUGUUGGUCACUUGGUAUUCUAAUAUUUGAAUUAAUUAGUGGAAAUCCGCCAUUUUCUGGUACGGAUCCAAUGAAAACAUAUAAUAUUAUAUUAAAAGGUAUUGAUGCUGUCGAAUUUCCUCGUAAAAUUUCAAAAAAAGCUUCAUUAUUAAUCAAACGAUUAUGCCGAGAAAAUCCAGUUGAACGUAUUGGAUAUCAAAAAGAUGGUAUAAAAGAUAUUCAAAAACAUCAAUGGUUCGAAGGAUUUAGUUGGGAAUGUUUAAAAAAAGGAACAUUAGUAGCACCUUAUCUUCCGAAAGUUGAACAUGAUAAUGAUACAUCAAAUUUUGAUUAUUUUGCUGAAGAUGAUUCUCCUGAACCAGAAGAUGAUUUAACCGGUUGGGAUAAAGAAUUUUAA